AGCAACUGGGCUUUAAAAGAGAGUGUUUUACGUUUCUAGGUUACAUAGACUCUCAAAUGAGAAGUACUGCAGAAGGUUAUAAACGGUUAUGAUGGCAAAAUUAUGCAUCAAGCUUCAGGAUACUUUUCCUAACGUGCAAUUAGAAAUACAUUUGUUUACAUUUAUAAUGUGGUUUGGCAUCUAAUCUGGUUUGUCUUCUUCCUGUAGGAAAUAUUCCUUUUAAGUGAUCCUUCAUGUUUAUGUCAUGAUUACAGUUUGUGAUGUUGUCAUUUAGUUUCAUUGAUUGAAGGCCAUGACAUUUGUUUUAUUUCCAUAAUGAGGAAAUAAAACAUGCUUGCACUCACAUGAACCCUAAACACAUUGACGGAAAGCAGUUCAGAUAGCUUGAACACUUGCCUGUUUUUGUGCAUAGUUAUGUCCUUUUUCAGCAUUAUCAGUUGCUAAGCACAACAUUAUUUCAUUUCUAACUCACCCUAGGGGAUGAAAUGUCAGACUUAUGAAUGAAUAUUAUUUUAAAAGUAAUUUUGAUCACAAAGGGCUGAGUGAAAUUGGAGGUAGUUAGUGGAAAAUUGAAAUGCACACAGAAAAGAGACCUUUCAGAAAGUACAAUGCCCUCUCAAUUACAGUUUUGCCAUAGGGUAUGACAACAGCAGAAAUUGUAUUCAAUGUGACAUAACCUGCUUAGGGUGGUACAGCUUUGCCGUCUAAAACAUAUGUUAUCCGCACAGUGCGAGAAGACCAUUCAGAAUUUAUAAUGACUUCUCAAUUGCAGUUUUACCGCAGGGCAAACACAGCACCGUUGCACUCUCAAAUUGCUGUCACAUGCCCAACCGUGGGUGCGAAACAUAUGCUAUCCACAUUGAGAGGAAUGUUCAUUUAGCUUCCUACCCAUCCAACCUGCCUUCUGGUGUCUUUUUCUGGUAGUUUAUGGGUUUAAAUGUUACAUCUAGAGCCAGAGAAUCUGAGGUAGUAGAUGUUUUCUCUUCCUUCACACUCCCUCCCUCCCUCUCUCUCUCUCUCUUUCCCCCUCUCCGUGACUCGUGGGUGUUGGGCUGAAAUAGUUUGGUGUAGUUUUACAUUCCUUAUAUAGCCUGUGGAGUAAGAGAGACGUGGAGCGAACCCAUGUCACAAAGAAGGAGGGGAGGGAGUUGAGCUUUGCCAGCAGUGAGAAAGUUAGUCUGUCUUGCAGUGCCAGAUUUCCAUUUGGUUUUCUGGAGGUUUGGGUGACAAGUUUGGCCUGUGGCAUAAGGUAUGUGUGCAGCGUGCCACCUUGUAACAGGCCAUGAAUAUAUACUGUGUAACACUCAACGGACCUGCUCCCUGGGGCUUUCGGCUUCAGGGAGGCAAGGACUUCAACAUGCCUCUGACCGUGUCCAGGCUGACUCCAGGUGGCAAGGCGGCCCAGGCCGGAGUGGGUGUUGGUGAUUGGGUGGUGUCCAUCUCGGAGGCCAAUGCAGAGGAGAUGACCCAUGUGGAGGCACAGAACAAGAUCAGAGCCGCAACCGACUCCCUCACACUCACUCUGAGCAGAGCUUUUCACCCUGCCGGAGGAGAGCAGAAGGAUUCACUUGCACCUGCAUCUAGUCAGCCCAAGUACUCGUUUGCACCGAGCACAACCAUAAACAAGAUGGCGCGGCCGUUCUCUGCAGCCUUUGGCAAUGGCAGCAAGGGGCCCGUCAUCAAGCCAGUGUCGUACGCCCCCAAGCUUAACUUCAACUCGCAGGUGCCGAGCAGCACGCCGCAGCCUCACAAUGGUCACGGAGUAACUCCCUGUCCUACCAAGUCCAAGCCAGCAGACAAACCUGAUGAAGUUCAAGCACCAGCUAAAGCACCAGCGAGUUCCGGCCCAGCCUGCAGGCCACCAUGGGUGACGGACCCGGGUUUCGCAGACCGUUACCACCCAGACAAGACCAGCACGGUGGUGACGCAGCACAAGCAGCCGGUCCAACCCACUCCCAUGCAGAACCGCAGCUCCAUCCUGCAGGCAGCACAGCAGAGCCCCGCCGACACUAGUGGCCGUACGCCUCUAUGUGCCGCGUGCAACAAGAUCAUCAGGGGACGCUACGUGGUGGCGCUUGGUCGUUCCUGGCACCCAGAGGAGUUCAUGUGCUGCCAGUGUAAAAGGGUGUUGGACGAGGGGGGCUUCUUUGAGGAAAAAGGAUCCAUUUACUGCACCAAGUGUUAUGACAACCGUUACUCGCCCAACUGUGCCAAAUGCAAGAAGAAGAUCACUGGGGAAAUCAUGCACGCCCUGAAGAUGACCUACCACGUACAGUGCUUCCUGUGCGCCGCCUGCAAAAUGCCCAUCAGGAACCAGGCCUUCUACAUGGAGGAGGGAGAGCCCUACUGUGAGAGAGACUACGAAAAGAUGUUUGGUACCAAAUGCCAUGGCUGUGACUUCAAGAUUGAUGCAGGGGACCGUUUCCUUGAGGCGCUGGGCUACAGCUGGCAUGACACUUGCUUUGUCUGUGCCAUCUGUCAAAUCAAUCUAGAGGGGAAGACGUUCUAUUCAAAGAAGGACAAGCCACUGUGUAAAAGCCACGCUUUCUCUCCGCUGUGAGGCUCUGCUGUUCUUCGAGGAGGGGCCGGAACGGAGACUGGGGGGUCUACAGCUAUGCCAAACAAGACCAAGUACUUUACUUGAAGCCUGUAACAUAUGGCUGACUGACAGAGUGAUGGAUAUAGUAGCUCCGCUGGCUUUCACCGGCUGUUAUAGCCCGCUUCGAUCAGCAUUUACUAAGUAUGUGUCAUUCAGCAAAGCACAGAUCUGAAUUUUCGGUAGCUUGCUACAGUAAGCCGACAGACUGGCCUCACUUUUGCUGUGUUACGAUGCCAGUCAUUCAACUGGAAAAACAGCUUAUGAACUGUUCGAACCACCAAUGCCAGAAUGGAUAACAAGGCAAAGUAUCUUAGCUGUCCCUCCUCAUCCUCCUCCACCUCCAAAAGUACACCUGCAGUAUUCAUGAUGCUUCAAAAAUCCAAAGAUAUUGUACGUUUUUACUUAAAUGGCUCACUUUCACUUUUUAGAUGUAACUGGUUUGUUUAUUAUCAGUAUUCAUCAAUUUGGCAUCUGGAGUGAAUCUCACAAGAACUGGUCAUAUUUCACCCCUUUUAUUAUGGCUUAAAAAAAAUUAAGCCAUUUGUAAGAAUAUUAACAUUUUUAUGACUUUAUUUUCAUGACAGUUGAGCACAUUUUCCCUACUUGUCCUACUGUAAUGCAAUAAAUAAAUAAAGUAGUGUUUAUACAUCAUGAUAGUAUUUGUACUGCCUUUAGGCUGAUUUUAAUAGUCAUUUUUCAAUGAAAAUCACCAUUAAAAAAAUAAAGGGAAUGUGAUUAUCAUGAAAAUAUUGUCACAGAGGCCCUCCUGUUUAGUGUUUAAAUUGUGACCAUGUUUUUUUUUUUAUGAGAUUCAUCCAUCUCAUCUGCACUCGGAUGUAUACAUCAUCCAAAGUUCUGUCCUCUCUUUUGUCUCAAAUAAGGACAAAGCAGUUCCCAUGCAAUGAGUGAAGCAAUCUAGUCACACUCCGAUACAUACAAUCCAUUUUGUAGGCUAAAGCAUUGAGCAUGUGAUCUACUCAGACAGGAUCUUAAAGUGGCCCCUCAAUCCUCUAGAUGCUGUGCAGCCUACUUUUUUGCUCUGCCUGAUUUGCUGUGCCAGGGUACUUAAGGUAAUGGCAAACCACAGAGGAAUAAAACGCCCCUGGCAGCUACACUGAAAUACAUUAGCACUGAUUGCAUGCGUUUCAUCCUGACCCAACCAAUGGUCUCUACAUGACUUCAAUACUAAAUAUGCCACAUUCAUCUGUUCUAAUCAGACAGCUAGUUCUAAUUAAGGGAAGGCCCGUGAUACCAUAAAAAGGGUUUGUAUUGGCGCAAUUGGAUCAUGCGAUCUCAUAUGGUCACUUAGAGCGUUUGUUCGUAUUUGCUUGCUGUGUUGCUAGUGGAUUAUGGAUAUCACCAAUGUGUCCUUAAUCUUAUGGCAUUUGGGCAGUACCUCACCCUCCAAGCAUAAUGGCUCUUCUUCAGAGACUACAUACCAGAUGCUGCCCGGAACAUCAUUCACUUAUCGCGAUCUCUUGCGCCAUAAUCGGAAGAAAUGCAACACUCCAAUAUCCUGCUCUUUGAAAGCUCUCUCUCUAUAUAUAUUUGAGCCAACAGCUCAAUUUUUGUACUUUUUUUUUUGUAUUGACAAUGUGUUAUGUAUCAACUAUCAAGUGCCUUUUUAUAGCUUUGCAGCCUUUAACUAUUGUGUGUGUCAAACUGCUGUAUUGUUGUGCAUAUUAUAGAGGUUUCUAUGUCAGAUGAUGCAAAUCAUUUAUAAAGAAAUUGUGCUAGAGACACUUAGUCAAUAAAUCACCUGCAGUCA